GUUACGUACGCCCUUCUUCAGUGUUUUAUUCUCUCUCUAUAUAUAGCAUCAAAUUAGAAUACCCCUCAUAGCUCACUCCACAAUUCUUGCAGUUUCACGAAUCUUUGUCUCAUAUCCUAUGGGCCCGCAAGAGGUCAUUAUGUUUACUGAUAUGGCUGUGGAAGCUGCAAGGAUGAGAGAGGAGACAAGGCGGAUGAAUGAGUUGCUAAGGUCUCUUCAGCUUGCGCUUCGUGAGAAAGCCAAGGAAUACGAAAUGCUUAAGAAGAAGAAGCAGAGCAUGGUUGCUAAGGAAUCCCCCAAGCUGAAACUGGUUGAUGAUUUCAUGCUCUUCCUUGCUGCAAUUGACAAAAACGAUAGGGAGAAUGCCCUGAAUUUCGAUGAAAAAGCAAUGAUGAAUUCUAUUCUCGCUAUGAUGAACGGUGGCAACAAUGGCGAACUUGCUGCUGAUGGCGGUAAAAAAGAAGCCUGAAAUCAAAUUUACAACUACUUUCAUAGCUCCAGUAUUCGGCUUUUUUGGAUUGUAAGAUUAAAUAAACUCGGAACAAUUAUGGUUGCUGAAAAAGCCCAGGGCUUAUGUUUUCAAGAAUCUGUACUUGGUUAUGUUUUUGUUCAUUCUGUAACAUUUUCAAGUUAAUGUUUGCAUGCUGCUGUUCCUAA